CAGUCCCAGUCUUGCGUCAGCCAAUCACGCUAGAUGGUUGCCACGAAAUAUAUUUACCGGUUUGUUUCCUCUGAGACACAAUUCUUGGGUUAGACACUGAUGUGAAGUUAUUACGCAGAAGGAAAACUUCGGGGCAUCGCCACAGCAGAGAACACAAGAACACAAAAAUAAUAGUUGUGAUGGACUUUUGAGAGAACACAGCAUCGUUCGAGUUGCUCUUGAAGAAGACCUCAAUCGCGAGUUUCCAGCUAUUUCCAUACGUUUAUUGUUUUGUCGUUAUUACUCAUUUCCGAGACAAAAUGAGAUACUGACCGCAAAUAAAGAACAAGACUGUGAAGGAGAAGGAACAACACUUACGAAGACCAUUGCUAUACCGGACCUGUUGAGUUACUUUUAUCAAACCAAAUGGAUUCCGGAGGCAAACAAGUGACCCUCCCGCUGCUGUUGGCGGUAGGGACCGCUGUGAUUGGUUCGCUCCAGUUUGGCUACAAUACCGGUGUCAUCAACGCCCCUCAACAGAUCAUUGAGGCAUUCUACAAUGAGACCUGGUUCGAUAGAUAUGAGACCCAGAUCACCAAAACCAACCUCAUCACACUGUGGUCCAUCUCAGUGUCCAUGUUCUCAGUGGGAGGCAUCUUCGGCUCCUUCUCCGUGGGUCUUUUUGUCAACCGCUUUGGAAGGAAGAACUCCAUGUUCAUGGCCAACGUUCUAGCCUUCAUAUCUGCUGCCCUCAUGGGAUUUUCCAAGUUGGCCGCUUCCUGGGAGAUGCUCAUGGUUGGCCGCUUCGUUAUAGGCCUCUACUCCGGCCUCUCCACGGGUUUCGUGCCCAUGUACGUGGGCGAGGUUUCACCCACCUCCCUCCGAGGGGCCCUGGGUACCCUUCACCAGCUGGGCAUUGUGACUGGUAUCCUGAUCGCACAGGUGUUUGGCAUGGAGAGCCUCUUGGGUAACGCCGACCUUUGGCCCCUCCUGCUGAGCUUCACCUUCAUCCCGGCGGUGGUUCAGUGCAUCAUGCUGCCCUUCUGCCCCGAGAGCCCACGCUUCCUGCUCAUCAACCGCAACGAGGAGGCCAAGGCCAAGACCGUUCUGAAAAAGCUGCGCGGGACGACGGACGUGGGUGCAGACAUGCAGGAGAUGAAGGAGGAGAGCAGGCAGAUGAUGAGGGAGAAGAAGGUGACCAUCCCCGAGCUCUUCCGCUCGCCCGUCUACCGCCAGCCCAUGUUCAUUGCCAUCAUGCUGCAGCUCUCCCAGCAGCUGUCUGGCAUCAACGCCAUCUUCUACUACUCCACCCGGAUCUUUAAGAAGGCUGGAGUGUCCCAGCCUGUGUACGCCACCAUCGGAGCCGGCGUGGUCAACACAGCCUUUACUGUGGUCUCGCUCUUUGUGGUGGAGCGCGCUGGGCGGCGGUCCCUGCACAUGCUGGGGUUGGUGGGCAUGGCUGCGUCUGCUGUGCUGAUGACCAUCGCUCUGGCCCUUCUGGAGAAACUGAAGUGGAUGUCGUACCUGAGCAUUGUGGCCAUAUUUGGCUUUGUGGCAUUCUUCGAGAUUGGCCCGGGCCCCAUCCCCUGGUUCAUCGUGGCCGAGCUCUUCAGCCAGGGACCCCGGCCCUCCGCCAUGGCUGUGGCUGGCUUCUGUAACUGGACGGCCAACUUCAUCGUGGGCAUGGGCUUCCAGUAUGUGGAGGAGAUCUGUGGGCCGUAUGUGUUUGUGAUCUUCACCAUCCUCCUCCUCUUCUUCUUCGUCUUCACCUACUUCAAAGUCCCAGAGACCAAGGGCCGGACAUUCGACGAGAUCUCCGCCGGGUUCCGCCAGUCCGGCGCCGCCGGUGCCGAGAAGCACCCGGAAGAGCUCAACAGCCUAGGGGCAGAUUCUCCGCUCUGAGAUAUCUCCCCCACCAUGACCCCACCCCCCACCCCCCAUACCCCCAUCCCACCCCUCCUCCCAGUCCUGACGGGGUCUCCUACCCCCUUACCCCCUCCUUCUGCAAUUUGAGCACUGCCCUCCCCCCUGCACUCUUAACUCUAGACUGGUAGACUGGCUUAAUAGGCUAACACACUCCCAGAAUCAGUAGAGUAGACAUUCAUCGUCAACAGCCUUGACCCUUGACCUAGCCUCCCCGUCUCCCCCCCUCUGAGACCCAGGUCUUGGAUUUUAGAGGAGGAGAUAAGGGUUGACGGGGAGGAGAGGACGAGGAGAAGAGAGGAGGGUUUGCGAUGGGUCAGAAGGACACGAGCGAGAACGAUGAUCGCGGGGUGGUGUGAUAUACCAGCCGCCUGUUUUUUUAUACUUCCCUUGAACUGACCCUGCUUGUGCUAGCUCUAAAUGUUUACUCCUAGACUGUUACUUUACACUGUACUGACUCGAGGUUUGACUGUGAAGACGGUGAUGCCUCCACUUUUCCUCUCUUUCUCUCACCCCUGCCUCUCGUUUUCCUUUCUCACCAGUAUACGUGCUUUAGUGGGUCUCACGCACUGGCCUACUUCUUGUAGAUGUCGGGGCUUUUGUUAUUUUUAAGUCCAGCAGCCCAUAACCCUGGUUUCGUGGGUUUGAGAAAAACCUGCUGAACGUUGCUGAAGUAUACCUGUAAGUGAAGAGAUGGGAACGAGACCUUUAUCAAAAUUGUUGGCUGUUUUGGCCCAGUGCUCGUGUCAUGCCAGACCAGCAGGGGGCAAUAGUGAAGCACUCAUUUCAGUUCCCUACUUGACAUAAGGUUUCAGGUGUCUAUGUGAGGUUACUGAGCUACGGAGACCUAAAACUGUAUUUAUUUCUCUGACAUUUCUUGAUGAAUAGAAUCUCGUAUAUUUUAGUGCUUACACUGAUUUUAAAUGAUCAUUUUCUAAAGAAUCGUAUCAUGUAAAUAUAUAUUUUUUACACAUCUCGUUUGAAGUUCUUUUAUCUGCAUAUGAAACUGUCAGUAAAUAUUACCUAAUGAAAUGUAGAGACACAGAUAAACCAAAUCAUGAAGUUAAGAUGCUGUAGAAAAUCCUAGCAAGAGUUUCAAACUAUUGCAUGAAGAAGAAAACAACAAUGCUGAAAGAUUAAAAGUUACAUCUGCAGGAGGAACCUUAGAGCUUACAUUUGACUGCUUCUGGUGGCACCCCUGCUCAGAAUGUAGGCUGACUACUGGGGGUGGUUAGGGACUUCUUCAUCAUCAUCAUCACCUCUCACAAUAACAUCCAUUCUGAUGUUCCUUUGGCAGAAACAAUUCAUCAGGUGCCUUAACACGUCAAUCCAAACCCAAUCGAUAUUUUUGCGGUUGUAAACCACCUCACCCAAACCAACCAAAACCCCACUUCUGCAAAGAUUGUUGGCUUUUUGUUUGCUUUUGCACCCAUCACUAGUUGAAUGUAAACUCUUCAUAUGUGUCCUUGACAGUGCAGAAGGGGACAGGCAUGGUGCAUCCUUUGAAAGAGGGACCAAAUCAGACGCCUUGGUCUUCUAUCGUUUUGCACACCCCCUUUAGAAAUCACACUCUGUUUGGUGGGCCACCGGAAAUCAUGGUAUGCGUUGGUAGCUGCUUGUCAAGCUGGUCUCGCCCAGUGUCUAGUCUGCAUCGUCCUCUCUGCCUCUGCCACCCCUUCCCGAGUUGACUCCGAUGACAGGGCUGCCUUGUGUGGUGUUUUGCAUUCUGAAGUUGCAGUCACAUCUGUGUGAUGUUUUAUCUGCUGUCUCAAACCUGCUGUGUCACUUCAGAGUGUUCUGUCGUUUCCUAACAGCACUUUAGUAGCCUGCCACUGCCAGCCUAUAACUCACCAGCUAGUGUGUUUUCACAGCUAGCGUGGUCUGGAAACCUUCAAUUGAAAGACGAUUGGCCUGAGACUUCCUCCCAGACCAGUCAGCCAGUUGAGGUGAGCAUCGUAUACCAUCAAGCCUUAAAAGAAGGCCUGCUUUGAAGAUGCUGCAGUUUGGUCUUUUUUACUCAAGGUCGUGGGUAGGUUUUGUCUAAAUGUCCUUAAUCUGGACCAGAAUGUUGAAUUGAAGGUCUGCCUGAAUGUUUGUGUUCUUCACUGCAAAGGCAUUCAGUCACAUUCAAUGAAAUUUUGGUCUAAACCUUAGCUUUUAGUUCAAGCAGCACACUUCACCCAAAUGAAGCUCAAUGAGGGUUUCCAGACCACAGUGAAUACUCUACAAAUGUGGGAUGGCAAUGUUAGGCUAGCACUUUUUUUCCAUUCAUUAGUUCCCCUUGUAAAAAGAUGUUUUGGUUGAGUAUACAAAGUCAUGUAUUUCUGUUACUGAACGUUAAAAGACUGAGAAUGCCAAUACUGGAUGUAUUUAACCUGUUGACAACAUUUGUGUUGGUAAGCACAUCGGUGUAUGACUGAGGAAGACUUUAAAUGACACAAAUCACAUUUAAUCACACCAUAAACCUUACCUUUCCAGUUACUGAGACUAAGGCAUUGUUAGGGUCCAAAUAGGCCUGUUGCCACAAACCGUGAUCAAUUGGCAAAGUCCAUGCAUUCCAUGAUUAAGAAAAACUAAAAAGACCCUGCUGAGACAUAUCUGUAGGCCUAUAGUGGUCUGAGCAUUAAUAAGCUAAGUAGUCUAAAAGAUGUCAUAGAAAUAGUUGUACCAAAUAUUUGGCCUGGCCUAUGUUGUGAGCAUCUGUGUUUGUGUCACAGUGAAGCAACUGCACCUGAGUCUUGUGUGCAUUGGAAGAGUGUUCUACAAGUGAAGUCAAGUGGAGUUUCUGUUCUGCAAGUUACACCUGUAUUUAUAAACAGCCAUCCAACCUACACAAAGCAAACCUUACCACAACAGGUCUUGAUUUUUUUUGUAGAGAGCUGAACUUGUGUUUUUCUCCGAUAGGUCCACAAGUUGUUUUUGUAUUGUAUUCAGUUUUUAAAUAGUAUAAAUAAUCAAAGAGUAUGAUAAGAAAUGGUUAAAGGGUGCCUCCCAGAUUAAUGUUAAAUCCCUCCCCCGCCCCAUUUUUUCUCACGCUAUUUACUUUUUCACCUCUGAUGCACUGUCCACCAUUCUAAUACUGUACAUCAUCUUAACAAGGCUUUUAACAUCUACAAUUCAAUGAUAAACUAUUUAUUAGUGUAAUUUAAUUCGUUUUUUUGUUGGUUUUCAAAUUGAGUUAAAACUAUCUCUUUUAAGAAAAAUCCCUGUGUGUGUGUGUGUGUGUGUGUGUGUCUGUGGGUUAGAAGAAUGACGUCAAUGGAUUUGUUUUUCACGAAAAACCCUGUGUGUGAGUGUGUCUGUGGGUUAGAAGAAUGCCGUCAACGUUUUGUAAAAAUGUGCCAUGAACAUGUACGUAUGCUUGUCCUGACUGUUGUUCUGCCCUUUUUUGUAAGAUGUACAAAAGUUAGUUUGGUGUUUGAAACAAUAAAAGAACACAGGAAUCCA